ACUUUAUAUAUUCAUAUUCCGUCCCCUGGUUAGGGUGCGGAAUGUGACGCUCGAAAGGCACAAAGAGGCGAACUGCGUUUACCCGUCCUAGGCAUUUGCGUGGUGCUUUCUUUCGUUGACACGAGUAAUGGCCCUCUCUGAGAAGGAAUUGGCGGUCCUGCUCAGUUUGCUGCAGGAUGAGCAGUUGGAGAAGCUGACGUUUGAGUCCCUGGGGCAAACCCUUCAACACAACUUUGCCAAGCAAGAUCACUUUCGUGUCAGCUGUGCUCUCGUGAUGCUCAUUCAACAGUCUGACCUGAUCAGCGGUCCAUGCCAGCGAAUUGUGGCUUUGUACUUCCUCUAUGAGAUGUACCGGACGGAGUCAAUUCACAUGAAUCCUUUUAUCUCCGUCUUUGUUCACUUACUGAAUCCUGUGGAGGAGACGGCUGGGAAGAAGCCUGAAUUUGCGCACGUGAUCCCCAAGCUGACGGUGCAAGAGAAGUACUUCCUCUCGCAGUUACUGACUGUGCCAGCCAAAGAUCUUUUCAAAAAGACACCGUGGCAAGUGGUCAGUUUGGAUGAAAGCAACCUUCAGAUGGGCGACACCGGAGGAAUCCAGGUGUCCUUUGCGGAGCGCCAAUCGGAAAUGCCGCAGUCGAGCAGGUCCGGAAUCCCGCUGGUUGUAGCGGAUCCAGACCCCAAGCCCCUUCUUUUUGGCGGCGAAGCCCCGAGUCCUGCAAAGGCGAUGCAGCAGUUGCUGGCUGUGGACAAGCCGCCGGUGGAGUUAGUCUUCCAGCCAGAGUUCUUGCGACUUGUGCCUCCUCUUCACGACGCCGAAGGAGAGGUGCUGUGGCUGACACCGGUGAACCAGGAGGAGCACACGGUGUUGUGGGACCCCUCGGUGUGCCUCAGCGACACGGCCGGCGCCGAGGCCAAAAGGCUCAUGGCCAGGGCCUUCAAGAGCACCCUGACCCAAGCGCAGCAGCAACAGCUCUUGGAGGAACUUGCAGCCGACCCCAAGCUCGUGUACCACAUUGGCCUCACACCCGCCAAGCUGCCGGAAUUGGUGGAAAAUAACCCGCUGGUGGCGAUCGAAGUUUUGUUGAAGCUGAUGCAAUCGAGUCAAAUCACGGAGUAUUUUUCGGUCCUUGUCAAUAUGGAGAUGUCGCUGCACUCGAUGGAGGUCGUCAACAGGCUGACUACCGCUGUGGAGCUUCCAACCGAGUUUGUGCACCUGUACAUAUCCAACUGCAUCUCUACCUGCGAAACCAUCAAGGACCGCUACAUGCAGAACAGACUGGUUCGGCUGGUGUGCGUGUUCCUGCAGUCCCUCAUACGCAACAAAAUCAUCAACGUGCAGGACUUGUUCAUUGAAGUGCAGGCCUUUUGUAUCGAGUUCAGCCGAAUCAGGGAAGCGGCCGCCUUGUUCCGACUCUUGAAGCAGUUGGACAGCGCGGAGCAGGGUCCGUCAUCGCCGUCUCAAACAAGUGCCAAGCAGUAAAGAAGAAUGUGCGCGUUUGAAUCUCGAGUUGCACCUCGUUUGGACCUUUUAAUAAUGCGUGCGUUGGUCCGCGACAGUCCAGUGCCCAAGUGUGCGAGCAGUAUGUUCUCUGGUGUAAGUGUGGGAAUGCCAGAGCUUGCAGAAAUUCCCUGUCGGUUUCCGAGCGUCGGGAUGACCGGGGAAAAUUGACCCGUUCAGUCAGUUUUAAGUAGGUCUCGUCUGCUUUCAGUGGGGGUUCCAUACGGGAACUAAAACCGAAAACGAUGGUUCGGUUACGGGUUGCCGAUACCGCUAUAGUGAUAAAAUUGUCUUUGUUUCGAAUUUUUUAAGUUUGCGUUUCCGGAUCUCGGUUACCGGUUUAAAGUUUCUCGAAAGGCCGGCUUAUUUUGGUUUUGAAUAAAAAUGUGAAAAUAGGCCUUUAGGAAGUUGCUUGUUAGAAAUUAAAUAUUAGAACUGGA